AUGUUGAGUAAGAAGGCAGAGUUGUCGGGUGCCAGAGGACCAACCUCGGGGUUUAAUCGUUUAACUUCUAAAGGAAAACCGUUUCAGUCAUUUCAGCACAUCCUUUUUGGUCUAUCUGAUGACUCAGAAGAUGCUCCCUUGCAAUAUCCCAAGAAUAGCUCAACCCCAUUGUUGCAUUCUUAUGUUGGUAAUGAUGCUCAAGUUCAAACUGUCUCGCAAUCUUAUCUGGAGGACCAAAUAAAAAGAGAGUCUGAAUCCAGCAGCAACCCAAGUACCAGCUGCAAGCCUUCUUCACUUAAACGAUCCAAAGACAGUGCACUGACUGUGCCAAAACAAGAGUUUAAACAUUUAGAUGAUAAACUAGAUAGCUUGAUUACCAUCCAGCAACAAAACAGUGAGAUCCUGCGUAAUUUUCAAACUAGUAUUUCUACAAUCCUUGAGCUCCAGAAAAAAACGAAUCGCCUGCUGAAAAGCAACUUUAAAGAGAUGCAGAACUCUCUAAGCCUCGCACAGAAGAUGUCAAAAGGCCAAGAAGAAAUGUUGAACAUCAGAAUAAACACUGUGCAUACCCAAUUAAAUGAUUUAAAAGAUACGCUUCAUGCAAAAUUUCAAAACUCAACAACUAGUGAUGAUUCUGAUGAAGACUCUAGCUCAGUACAAAAGUCAACCUAUACUCCUGCAUUCAAGAAAUAUAAAAGUGAUGAGGGUGCAAUUUUAAUGUCUCCAGUGGGGAAAAAAUUAUGCUAAGCUCUAUCAUCUUAAAUAUAUAGGAAACUAUAGGCACCAAAACAACUUUGGCUUAAUGAGGCAGUUUUAGUUUAUAGAUCAUGCCCCUGGUGUCUCACUGCUCAAUUAUCUGCCAUUUAGGAGUUAAAUCACUUUGUUUAUGCAGCCCUAGUCACACCUCCCUGCAUGUGACUUA